GACGCAGUGAGUUCAUUUCGCUUCUAUGACGUUGCCAGCGAGCUAACUUAACUCCUUGUUUUUGUUUGUGUGUGUCUGCAUCGCGUCGAACGGGACGGUUUCCUCGUCUCAAAGAAGUCUCCCCCCCCUCCCAGGAUGAUCGACACGGAGCGGGAGGCCGGUGAGGCGGCGCUCCGCAGCAAGAACAAGGAGAUCGAGAAGAAGAAGAGGUCCCGUGUUAAGCAGCUGCUGGGUGACGUGAGGAGGCAAGUGGACUUCUGGUUCGGAGACGUCAACCUCCACAAGGACCGUUUCAUGAAGAGACUCAUCGAGGAGUCCGAUGAUGGAUAUGUUGAUUUGUCCGUAUUGGCGAGCUUCAACCGAAUGAAGAAGUUGACGUGUGACACCAAGCUGAUUGCAAGAGCGCUGAAAAAUUCAUCUGUAGUCGAGGUUAACCUGGAAGGCGAUAAAGUUAGGCGUCAGCUGCCGAUCGGAGAUGUGCCAAAUGAUGUUGACGGCCGCACCGUCUAUGUGGAACUGUUGCCCAAGGAUGUGACGCACAGCUGGAUAGAGAAAGUCUUCACAAAAUGCGGGAAUGUGGUUUAUGUUAGCAUCCCCAGAUACAAGACCUCGGGGGACCCCAAAGGUUUUGCCUUCAUAGAGUUUGAGAAGGGGGAACAUGCACAGAAAGCCAUAGAGAUGCUGAACAACCCCCCUGAAGAUGCUCCCAGGAAGCCAGGGAUUUUCCCCAAGAUGCAACGUGGGAAGCCCCUUCCCCAACCCGCCGACAAUCCACCACCAGAGAUUCCCGUGACUUCACGUUCCUGUGCGACUGGUGAAGAAGAGGAGAAGAAAAAACGAAAGCGAAAGAAAAAGAAAGAAGGUGCCGCGUCACAGACUCUUGCUGAAGAACCCAAAGAGCGGGAUAAGGAAGCCGAACCGUCGGCGCCAAAGAGGAGGCGGUCGGCGGCGGGAGAUUCUGAAUCGGAUGUCGCUGCCGCUCAUAAGACGCCCAACAAACCGUCGGAGAAAAAAAGACGACGGUCCCAGACAGCGGAGGGAUCCGGAAGUGACGUGCCGUCCAAAAUAAGGAGGACGAGUGAAAGUAAAGCUGGAGAGAAGGACCAAGAUUUAACUAAGCCUAGUACACGCAAUAAAAAUGACAUGGAGGGAGGCGUUGAGGAAGGGAAAGAAAACGGAGAAGAUUCAGCUGUUAAAGCGAAGAGGAAGAGAAAGAAGAAACACAAGGAAAAGUUGAAAAUAGGGGAAGAAGUCAUCCCCCUUCGGGUUCUAUCCAAGAAAGAGUGGCUCAAGUUGAAGGAUGAGUACCUGGCCUUGCAGAAGAGCAGCAUGACGUCCUUGAAGAAGUGCAUCUCUAAGAUUGAUCACAAGGAGCGCAAGAGGCUAAGGGAGACGGGAAAGGAUCCUCAACAUGCUGAGAAGAGUAAGAAAAGUGAGGCGGGGCCUAACGACGGCCCUCAGUUCACCAGCGGCGUCAUCGUGAAGAUCACAGGCGACAAGCCUCUGCCAGGGAGGACGUUCAUCAAGGAAGCUCUGUCCAAAUUGGCCCCAGUAGCUUACGUAGACACCUUGGAAGGAGACACUGAGGGUCACAUCCGCUUUAACAGCCCGGAGGACGCUAAAGCCGCCAGCGACGCCAGAGGAGAGCUUCAGAAAGCGCACAACUGGAAGGUGGAGAUCCUGGCAGGUGACCACGAACAGAGGUACUGGCAGAAGAUCCUAGUGGACCGCCAAGUCAAGCUCAAUCGUCCGAGGGAAAAGAAGAGGGGUACAGAGAAGCUCAUAGCCAAAGCAGAAAAAAUCAUCCUCGCCCGGGCCAAGGAGGCCUAUAAGCACAUCCGUUUCCAAGAAGACUGACCGCUGCUGGCACACAUUUAACUAUACGGAUUUUACGUAAUGUGAUUUGUGAAGAGGACAGUUGAUGUUAAUGUGUACCUGAGGAACUAGUUAUAAAUGUCCCUUUUUCUUCCUUCGUUCGCACUGGAGCUGCUACGCAUAGAGACAGUUGGGCAACUUUUUUUUUUUUUGUAUUGAUUACUUUUUUUAAAUAGAAAGAUUAUGUCUUUUGCUAUGUAUGUGAAUGGUUUUACCGUUAAGAGGUGUCCAGGUCAUGGCAUUUCCUUUUCAGGAUAUUUGCCUAUUUGUUUUUUUAAUAAAAAUAUCAUUUUUUUGAUCA